AUGGGUUGGCCUAUGUCGAUUGUCCAAAAUACCGCUAAAACGCCGUUACUAGUUAUUGCAAUUGAGGAAGACGAAAAUAAUGCGACGGGUUUGACGGAGAUAAACGAGAUACGUAAGAGCUUAAACGAGCAUUUGAACGAGCAAAAAGAACUCUUGAUCCUAAAGCGUCAAUAUGAAGGUAGUCAGAUCAUUUUAUCAUCAAUAAACACCGAGAAAAGGAGAAAGCUUUGUUUGCUUUACGUAUUGCGGGAACAAGCUAUAUGGAUGACCUCCAAACUGUUGGCGAUAAACCUCAUCCAUUUGAAUAACGAAGACAGUGAAGGACGUUCAUGCCAACAAUCAGCUCUGAAAUUCUGGGGGCGCUCGUGGUACAAUAGGUGUAGUGGUGUUCCCACCGCACUUCGUGUUCGGGAUUUUAUAACGUUACUCUUUGAGUUGAAGAAGAAAGUUAAAGAAAACGAUGAAAACCAGGCCAUCGGAAAAUUGAUCGCUGCAAAUGCGGAAUAA